UGCGAAUACAGCACAGAGAGGAGCAGGUGGAGCGCGAGCGGACGGACUUGAGGUGAAGCAACAGACUGGAGGACUUUUACACUGACCCGAGUUGUUAUCUCGCUGACGGACAAAAGGACUGAGAAGAGUGGGCAUUAAAAAAACAACAGGCGGCAGCUGAAGGAGCAGAAGAGAGUUUAGGAGCUUUGUGUGACGGAAAACACAACUGAUAAGAGGCACCGACCUCUCACCAUGCAGCACUACGGGGUGAACGGCUACUCUCUGCACGCCAUGAACUCCCUCAGCGCCAUGUACAACCUGCACCAGCAGGCCGCGCAACAGGCACAGCACGCGCCCGACUACCGGCCGUCCGUGCACGCGCUCACACUGGCAGAGAGACUAGCUGACAUCAUCCUGGAGGCUCGCUACGGCUCUCAGCACCGCAAACAGCGCCGCAGCCGCACGGCCUUCACGGCGCAGCAGCUGGAGGCGCUGGAGAAGACUUUCCAGAAAACACACUACCCGGAUGUGGUAAUGAGGGAGCGGCUGGCCAUGUGCACCAACCUGCCCGAGGCUCGUGUUCAGGUUUGGUUCAAAAACCGCAGAGCAAAGUUUCGUAAGAAGCAGCGCAGCCUCCAGAAGGAGCAGCUUCAGAAGCAGAAGGAGGCAUCAGGGGAAGGAAGUGAGAAGGAGGACACGCCUCCCUCCACAACUGUCCUCCCUGACACCCAGCUCCCUCCUUCAUCCUCCUCUUCCUCCUCCUCUCUGGAGACAGAGGGUCCUGUGGUUCGUCCUGUACCACUAGACAUGGAGCUGAACGUCACGUCAGCAGAACACUCUGGCAGCGAGUCGGCGACAGAGGACAACGCCACGGAUAAGGAGGACGAGAGUAAAUCUCAGAGAGAGGAGAUGAAGUGUGAGAGAGCAGCGACUCCUGAGGACGUUUCGCCAGCUUGCAAAAGACUCAGCCCUAAACCAGACUCUCCCCUGGUCUCCCCGUCUGUGACCCCCUCCUCCUCCUCCAGCAGCGGCCUGGCCAGCAGUGGUCCCCUCUCUCAGAGCCACUCCUACUCUUCGUCCCCUCUCAGCCUGUUCCGCCUGCAGGAGCAGUUUCGCCAGCACAUGGCCGCCACCAACAACCUGGUGCACUAUCCCGCUUUUGACCUCUCUGCCCCAUCAUCACUCCCCUACCUGGGAAUGAAUGUCAACAUGCCCCCCGCGCCACUGGGCUCUCUGCCCUGCCAGUCUUACUACCAGUCCCUGUCCCAUCACGCCCAGCAGGUGUGGAACAGCCCGCUGCUGCAGGCGUCGGCUGCGGGUGGCCUCACCAGCCACAACAGCAAGACCACAAGCAUCGAGAACCUCCGUCUGAGGGCCAAACAGCACGCCGCCUCGCUGGGACUGGACACAAUGUCUAACUGAGAAUCAGAUUGUAUGAAGGACAAUUUAGGCCAAAGCCUCGGCCUACACAUCAUCACAUCCCAAUGCGUGUCUGUGAUAGUUCUUUAGGAGCUGUUUACUUUAGUAGGUGGGCACAGGACAUGCAGAGGUGUCCAAAAAAAUACGCCAACAUGCACUGGACCUACAGAACUCUAUUUAUGGCAGACCACACUUCAACAGCUUCCGCUGCAGCUCAAGGUCCAAAACCUCAGAAAAAGAGAACCCAUAAGAUAUUGAACAUUGCUAGAAAAUGCAACGGAUCAAAUGAUUGUUCGUAAACGGUGGACAUAUUCCUGACUCAUACCAUGAUGCUCCCAACAGACACAGAAUGCUGGACCUUCCAAACAUCUGAAAUAAUCCAUAAAAUAAUCACUGAAAAUGAUGUACACAGCUAAAGACGGAUGCACUCGGUUGAAAAGACGAUGCAAACAAUGUUUACAAGAAUAAUGUGAAUAAAUGAGGCACUUUUGAAGGGAUUAGGUUCGUUGGCCAAGAGGGAAACUGUAUCGCUUGUGCAGCAGAGAAACCAUUUCUGU